CAUUUUUAAAUUAGACUCAGAUAUCGGUAACAAUUCAAUUACCAGAACAUGGAGGUUUGUGGGAGUUUUUCUUCCCACGUUACACACCAAUAUACAUCUACUGUGUUCAGAUCAAAACUUUAGAAGCCACAUUUCCUGUUUGUAACUGAACAAAGUACACACAAAAGGUUUUAAGAAACAGAAGAGAAAAAACAUGUGAGGCACUGAUAAAGACAAGUUUUGCUGCCAUGCUGCUUCUAACUUAACAGAGUGACAUCAAAUAGAAGAAAAAACUCGUGGAAGCAUUUUUAAUCCUAGAUUUGCCUUAUGGCUACAUAUGGACUUUCCUGAAAAAAAAGCAUGUCAGGAAAUUCCGGAUGCCCCUUUUAUCUCUGGGGACUUCUAGCCUUGUUGGGUUUGGCUCUGAUUAUAUCACUGAUCUUCAACAUUUCUCACUAUGUGGAAAAGCAGCGACAAGAUAAAAUGUAUAGGUACUCCAGUGACUACAUUCCCAGGGUUGAUGAGUAUUAUAUAGAAGACACACCAAUUUACGGUAACUUAGAUGAUAUAACUUCAGAACCAAUGGAUGAAAACUGCUAUGAACAAAUGAAAGCCCGACCAGAGAGAUCUGUAAAUGAGAUGCAAGAAGCCACCCCACCUGCACCGGCAACUGCUGAAAGACAGAUGUUUUAUGCCACUCUUGAUCACAGCUAUAAAGGGAAGCACAGAAAGCCCAGGAAACAGAAUACUCCCAUGCCAGACAAGGGUGAAGCUACACAGUUGUAUGCGAUGGAUGCCAGCACAUCUAAGGCCACUUCAGUAGAUGAUGUCUCUCCAGGAAACCAGGAGAUAGAGGAGAAUAUUCAUGAUGAUCCCAUCAGACUGUUUGGUUUGAUUCAUGCUAACAAAGAACCUGUAUGCUAGCUGAACUAUGCCCUACCACAACAAUUUGACUCAUUGAAAAUGGUUGUUAGAAAACAGGAUCCCCAUGUGACACAGAACUACCAGCAGGGUGGUGAUCUGACCAUUUGUUGUCAGGAUGGUGGCUCACCUCCGAUUCAGAGCUUACACUCACAUACACCAAAUGUAAUGCCAUGAGGAUUAGUUAUUUUGAUGUACUGAAAAAUAC